AUGCUCCCGCAGCGGGCAGAUGGAAAAAAACAGCACAGCGCACCUGAACGGUGGUCCCAACAGCAGAAAACACUGACAGUGCUAAAAGCAGCAGCGACAAUGCAACAGCACAGCAAAAUUGUAACAGCGCAGCAGACGGAAAAUAACAGCAGCACAGCAGCUGACGGUGGUACAGCAGAAAGCAGCACUGACGGUCUACAGCAGAAAGCAGCAGGACACCUUGAGCGUGGCAGUGAAAAUAUUCACAUAUCAGCCAAUAGCCCUUCCCUUGGGAUUUUUUUUCGACUGCAGGGGCACAUAAUGUUAUUCAUUUUCUACAGUGCUGUUCGAGUAAUGAAGGAUGCCAGUGAAAAAUUUACUUCACUGCAGGAGCUCUUGAAGAGUGCCAUAUUUCAUCGUCAGCAGCUGAAAUAUGAACAGACACGCAGGUGUGGUUCGGUGGUGGCUACAAACAGUGCAUGUGAUUCUGUGAGUAGGUUAUUCAUACAGGACAAUUUGCAAUAAUAAAUCAGCAAUAUAAGAUUUAUUUCUUAUAUUUGAAGUGGCAUUUCAUUAAUCGCAAAAUUAAUAAAUUUAAUUGCUGUGAAAGCUUGAGCAUAAGUGUUUUUAUUUAUUUGCUUUAAUGGCUUUUAUUAAAGUAAAUAAAUUAAUAAAUAUAUAUAUUUAUUCAUUUAUUUAUUUAUAUGUACAUAUACAUAGAGUACUCUAUAUAUGUAUUAGUACUAUCUGUAUGUACAUAAACAUACAGAGUACUAAUACAUACACACCAUUGUGAAAAUACUGUUUAACAAAAAUACCCAAAUGCUUUUAUGUACUUACACAAAUCUUCAGAGGAACUAGAGAGAAGAAUCAAAUGUAGCAAAUUUGUGAGAUGUUUGAAUAACAGUUGGUAACGAUAACUUGGUGAGCCCUACGAGGGACAUAUGGAGGAGGAGGAGGGAAAUAGCCUAAAGAACUACUCGAUCCCUUUGCACUGGUUAAGCGAUAACCACUUGCUACUAAAAAAAAUUUUCUCAGUUGUGUUACGUGAUACUCUGUAUUGGGUUGACUUCAUAUAUAUUACUGUAAUCUAAAACAGGAAAAUCUGGCAAAAAUUGUAAAAAAACAUUGAUCUCACAUGUGUCAUUUCAGUUAUUAACCCUUUCAGGGUUGGUAGGCCCUCUCCUAAACUUGUUCUCAGGGUCAGAAAUUUUUUGAAAAAAAAAAAAAAUUAUUUUUUCUUAUGAAAUGAUAGAGAAUCUUCUCCUGAUCAUAAUGACACCAAAAGUAUGAAGUUUGAUGGAAAACUUGGGGAAUUAUGCUCCUGCGAAGUUAGCCGUCUCGACAGUGUUUAUGCAUUGGCGAUUUCGCCCACUUUGAGCCAUAUUUUUGGCCAAUUCCAAUGUACCAGUUGACAAAAAUCAUAACUGUUUCACUAGAACUCCAUUUUUUUCUAUCGAAUGAGUACAAGAAACCACCCAUUUACUGAUUUCAACUAUCAAAUAAAGUGGUCAGAAAUUAGUAAUUUUGCCAAUUUCACACAAAUUUCAAAAGAUGCCAAUUUCCAAAUAGAGUCCAGAAUAAACAAGACAGACAUUCCUAGCACUAAAAUAACAUUUUUUCUGUUCAUUAGUCACGUCCCCAGGCCUCUUACAUAUUGCUUUCCACUUUGAAUUUUUAUUCUCACAAAAAAAAUAGAAGAUUUACUGUUAUGCAGACUACUGCAUUAGUGUAGAAAUGGUAUAAAUAAUAUUGGUGCACUUGUGAAAGAAUAUUAGAUUCACCAGUUGACGUGUUUUGGACGCUUGGUAUGAUUUGUUUAGUUUUGAACUUUGGCAAAAAUCGAACAUUUCUGCUACUUUGAGCUCAAUUUCAAGGUACUUUUCAUUGUGAAACCAAUUAAAAUCAUCUCAAUUUCUGUAAUAUGUCUUCCAUUCUAUAAAAUGAGACCAGGAAAACUAGAAUACAACCAUAAAUAGUAUACGAAAAUAAACUGCAAAGUCACUGUUUUAAAGCAAAAAUGUGGUCGGAGUUUUUUUCUCAUGCACUGUGUGCUUCAGGAUUUUUUUAUACUGUGCACACUGACCACAUAGACCCAUUCUUUCAUAUGUAGGCCUACCAGCUUUCUCUCGCUAGAUUUGAAGGCGCUAGAAUUUAUGCGUACUAGUAUGGCACCAACCCUGGCGUGCAAGGCAUACUAGUACGGCACCAACCCUGAAAGGGUUGAGGCAUUUAUUCUAUUUUACUUUAGUGUGAAAUAAAUUCACAAUUUCAUAUUCUUUUUAAUACCAAUAUUGUCUGGAACUACUAAAACUUGAAAGACACUCUCGACAGUAAUGAUAAUAUAAUAUUUAAAGAUCAUUAAACUUAGUAAACAAAUAAUAUUUUCGCAAUCAAGAACAUUCUA